GGACUUAUACAGCACGGCUGACACAAGCAGCUGCAACGGUAACGGAGAGCUGCGAGACUACUUGUAAUUUUCUUUCCGUAAGGAAUAAAAAGAGCAGCAUGCCGUGUUGGAGGUCGGCCUCACAGAUUGUUCGUUUAUAUAGGCUGUGUGUGCCAUGGACGACAUGCGCUCCGCAUAUCGCGCUCCGAGCAGUUAUUGUUAAUGUGUAAAAGACAGCCGCACUUGUGUGUCGGAGCUUCCUCUUGUUGUGUUUACAAAUGUGUUAUCAAAGAUGUGUUUUUAUCCUGUGCUGUUAUGAAUUCAGUAGGUAUACGUGACAGCCCUGUAAACUUAAUUCACUUUUGAAAAAUGACAUGCGUCUUCCAGAAGAUGCUAUUGCUAAAAUAUGUGAUUUUGUGAAGGAUUCAGAUCUGUUCUCUCUGUGUCAUCAGUUCUCUCUGUGUCACCACUUAGAACAACAUACGCAAGAGCUCAAACAUUCAAGAAGAUGUUCAAAUACAUAGAGCCAAAAAAACUAACUUUAGGAAAUUAUGAAAAUAUGAUGGAAAAGUGUGCCUAUUACGUACCUGUGAAACAAACAUUAAAUUGUUUGUUGGAAUCUGAAUUUUGGAGGAAUUCAGUGUCCCAGUGUAGCGGUUGCGUACUCUCUCGUUGCGUUGUGAUUGAGACCACGAUGGAACCAUUGGCAGCCAGCCGUUUAUUCUGGUGGAAUAUUUAACAUGGGGAAAUGCUCGUUGAGAACCCUCACAAUGGCAGCCUCUCCCAGCCGGGGUAUACAUAGACUAGCCAUUUACAUGGAAAUAAAUAUCACAUUAAACAAAUUAAUAUUUGAAUGGGCGUUUGGUGACAUACCUGGUGGAAUAUUUAACAUGGGGAAAUGCUCGUUGAGAACCCUCACAAUGGCAGCCUAACAUGGGAGAAAGACAAGCUGAAGUAGCCUACACAUUCUUGGCGAAGUCCACGCUAGCUAAGUAGCUACGACCAAAGCACAUGGUAGCCAAGCUAGCGAUCCUAAGCCUAAAGUCCAUUUAAAUGUAAUAACCGAUUCCAAGGAACACAAUAUAUAUAUGUACAAGCAACCAAGUAUUAAUACAGUAUUAUGUACAAUUAGACUCCCGUAAUACAUCGCCAAAGUGUGGAUUCAUAUUUAACUGCUCUGACUACCUACCUCUCCCAGCCGGGGUAUACAUAGACUGAGGAGAGGAGGCAGCAACGUACAAUACAACCCCCGCAUUCCGCUAGGGGGAGCUCUAGCACUCCAACCAAGGCUCCCACUACCACAGCCAGCGCAAGGAUCUCGCUGGCAAUGGCAAGUGGGAAGCAUUAACCCUGCUACACUGAGACUACACUCAAACCAAAACACCACUUCAUGCGGCACUAUCCGGCACUAAUCUUGAAAUUUGGCCCUUUAAUCAGAGUAUGGACGAUGCGUUUUGAAAGUAAACACAGCUACUUCAAAAGAUGUGCCAGGCAUUUGAAAAACUUCAAAAACAUCUGUCUGACUUUAGCUGAACGACAUCAGCUGUUUCAGGCAUAUCUUGCAGUUGGGCCAGGAUGCACUCAGCUCCUGCAAGUCAAAGACAGCUGUAUCUUUUACCCCAACCUCUACAGUGACGCAAUUAAACAUGCAGUCGGAGAGUUUGGCUUUGAUGAAAACAAUACUACUGUUUCCACCAACAUACAGUAUAAAGGCACAUCAUAUAAAAAAGGGAAUUUCCUUGUGUCAAAAAAUGAUGAGUCCAUGGAGUUUGGAGAACUUGUCAUCAUUCUGAUUAAAAAGGAAGCGGCUGUGUAUUUUGUCAUUGAUGUACAUGAAGCUGUCUAUCUUUCUGAAUACCAUAUGUACUCAGUGACAAAACGGAGUACAAGGAUGCAAUGUCUUAACAUGAAUGACUUGGUAGAUUUCUACCCAUUACCAUCAUACAUUGUGAACGGGUUACAAGUCAUUCCCCUAAAACACAGUGUGUUGUCGAAAUAAAUAUGAUCCUGGCCAGUGAGAUUAAGAAACUAUUCAAAAAAUAGUAUGCUUGGUAGAAAUACAAAAACACCAUUUGAAAGCUUAUUGAAAGUGGUCUUGGCUUUCCUUUUAAGAUGCAUAAAUGUCUAAAUCAUCACUCACAUAACACUUUUCAAGCAAGUAGAGUUUCAGCUUAACUAUGUGUUGAAUAACUUAUUUCUCUUCAGUUGUCAUUCUUCUUUGAUUAUAGAUAUGACUGACUUGGAGCAAUCGUUUCUACGCUCCGCAAUCACUGAGGUCUUGCCUGACCUUCCAGAGAUGAUAAAAGAUGUUUUAGAAGAGCACUUGCAAUCCCUUGGGGUAGAGACCUGUGAUGAUUUCCAGUUCAUUGAGGAAGCUGACUUGCUGUCUGCGCUGAGGCCAAUUCAAGCACGAAAAGUCGUUGCUGUCUUGAAACAGAGAUGGAAGUCAAGUAUUACAACCAGCAGCUCAUCUGAUGCUUCACCAGGACCUCCUCCAUCCUUGCAGUCUCUUUCACCAGGAAGUUCAACUCCAACCUCUUCAAACAGCAGCCAAAGCCCUCAUGUCGACUGGGUGGAUACCUUUGUGAUUCCGUGGGAUAAGUUCCCAGAGGAAUUGACGCAGACUUUGGAGAGAGAAAAGCGACCAAGUCCACGACUGAGAAGGGAGAUGGUCCGCCUUGUGGUUCAAGAGAUGACACAAAAAAGUUCCUGCAUAAGUAGAAGGAGCUCUAUUGAAGUUGCAAAAAAGAUGGUAUCAAAAUAUCCCAAAUCAUUGCAAGACGUCAUAGAAGGAGACGUGAUUGGGCAAGGGUAUCACUCUCUUGUUAAGCAAUUGCAAAACCGAAUCGAGAAUAUGAAGCGAUCAACAACCCCAAAAAUAAGAAAGCGAAGGUAUUGCACUGAUGAUACUGACACAGAUGAAGUCCCCCCAGAAAAGAGAGCAGCGAUCCAGGACACUUAUGGGUGCAUAACCUGGGAUCCAAAAUUCCUUCCUCUUGGAGAGACCCCAGAGAGCCAGAAGGAAAAGAGAGAAAAAAUGAAGAGACCGGACGUUAAUUCAGAGGAGCUCAAAAGCCUAAUGAAGAACGCUUUCUACUCCCAGCGUAAAGAAGUUAACCAAGGGAAAAACAUCAAGCAUCUCCUGGAACAGUGGCCAUUUUUCUUUGAGGAACUUGGCAUGGCAGUCCACUUCAGGGAACUCACCGGAAUUGGGCUUCAAGAAACGUUCUCGAGGAAUCUGGAUAUGAAAGGGAAACGACUCCUGAACUACCUGAACACUGUUGCUGUCCACAAGAACAAAAGGUUCCUACAGGCUUUAACAAAGUUAAAAGCGAUGAGAGGAGAGCUGUGUGGUCUCUCUGAAGACGUCAAAGAGAUGGUGCUGCUUCUGUUGUCAUACUUCAAUAAGAAAGAAGACGCGAUGUUCUGUUACGUGGAGGACACGUGUCUGGCCGAGGAAAUACAGAUGGAAAAAGUCCACUUGACCCCUACCAUUGUUGUGUGUGGACAAUCCUGCUUUUCUUCAAGGCGAACCAUGCUGAGCGUGGAUCGAAAUAUCGUCAACGACCACAUCCCCUCAUUCAUUUCUGCCCUGUGCUUGAUGUUUGGGAGCUUCUAUUGUUUCAACAUUCAUUACCCGUCAGAGCUGGCAUCAACGCUGGAGUUUCUGCAAAGGUGUUUUUUCUCCAUCAACCCAGAGAAGGGCACUAAAGUGGAGAAGACCCACACAUCCCGUCUUCACGUGAACCCAAGGGUCCUCACCUUGAUCCAGGAUCUUUCGGAUAAUGAAUGGUGCGAUGUCUGAACAUGGACUUAGUAAGACUCAGUAAGAUGUAUGGCAUGCCACUCACAGCUUGAAGGUUUAUAUCAGCCCAUUAUGUUCUUUGUAUUUCAGGCUUAAAGGGUAAUUCCGGUGUAAAAAGGAUUUGGGAUAUGUUUUGAAUGAUAACGAGUUGAAACAUUCGUUUUGGAGCACAAAAAUCGCAUAUAGACUCAUUCUUCAGUUGGCUGUUUUUAGCAGAUUCUAUCAAAACGCUAUAAACUUGGAACAAUGGGGGUACUGGUUAUGGUAAAAACUAAAUCGCUAUUUUAAACCACUUAAAAGUCUAAAAGUAGCCCGACACUUCUUGGGUAGUAUAAUAAGGGUCUUAAAAACGAGGCAUUGAGAACUUUGUAAGUGUACAGAUUGUUUAUUAUAAAGGACAUUUUAUAAACACAAUACCAUCAGUAGAUCACCCGUCAACGCCAUUUUGUUUUUAAGACUUGAUAGGUAGAUUGACGAGCACAGAAAUUAUGACAUCCGUCAGCAACACGCAAGCUCUGUGUUCGUCAAUCUACUUAUCGAGUCUUAAAAACAAAAUGGCGUUGACGGGUGAUCUACUUAUUGUAUUGUGUUUAUAAAAUGUCCUUUUUAAUAGACAAUCUGUACACUUACAAAGUUCUCAAUGCCUCGUUUUAUAUCUUAAGACCCUUAUUAUACUACCAAAGAAAUGUUGCGCUACUUUUAGCCUUUUAAGUGGUUCAAAAUAGCGUUACCAUAACCAGUGCCCCCAUUGUUCCAAGUUUAUAGCGUUUUGAUAGAAUAAGCUAAAAACAGCCAACUAAAGAAUGUGUAUCUGCGGUUUUUGUGGUCCAAAACGAACGUUUCUACUCGUUAUCAUAACAAAACAUCCCAAAUCCUUUUUACAUCGGAAUUACCUUUUAAACAGUCAGUAAAAGUUACAGAAUUUGUAUGCAAUUGUAAAGUUUUCUUUUUGUGUUUCCUCAUUAGUAUUAGUAUGGCUUGUUUUAAGAAAGUGGCCAUUUUGUAUAUUUCUAAUUCGAAAAUUAAGAAGCUAUUCUAAAAAUGCACAAAUAGUAAGAAUACCAUUUGAAAAGGUGAACGUGACCUUAGUUUUCCCUCUAAAUUAUCACUGUACACAAAGUUCAUCUUAUGUUCUAAUGUAUUAUGCUGACUCCAUCUUUGAAGGGUGUUAAGAAUUCUACUUGUCGGAAAAUCUGUCUUUAUCGUUCCUCUUUCAGUACCAACAAUAUGGCAACUAAUUGUUCAAAUGUCAUUUAUUGUGCUUGUGAAGUACAUUAUGAGUGUUUGGAAAUGUAAAAUGUUACCUUCUGUGAGAAUAAUAAAUUCCUGGAAAGGCAAGUUAUUUGAUUUAUUUCCUCUUUAAGUGCACUAACCUAGUCAUUUUGAACACUGUUAACUCUGUUUUCCAAAUUCUUUGUAAAGGGCAAACAUUUACAAAAGAUGGCACUGCAGUUUAAAAGACAAAUGUCUGAAAUAUUGAAUCCGCCUGUAAUGUUUAGAAAAGUUAGUAUUCUGCUGAGAUCUGAUUGUAGCAAGUGGUGAACAUUUAUUUUUAGGCAGUUUCACUGUUAGAUUAAUACUCGGUUGGAGUCAAAACUAUUUUUUACGCCCUUUGUAAUAAAUACAUUUGCAGUAUUUAGGUAUUUUUACUAUAAAACUUUUCAGUAAAAAUGUCAAUGAAAUUUGGUUAAAACAACUGCGUUAUAAUGAGACUUUAACAGUCAAAAAAGGUUAUUAGGUUGAUAUUUCUUGUCAAAUUGAAUGGGCGUAAACAUACAAUUUACAACAAUUGCAUGUAAAUAUCACAGAAAUAAUUUGUUUUAACGGCAGCUUCGGCAUGUUAAUUCAGCAGAAAAUAGCUUUUAUAUAUGCAACAAUAGCAUGUAAAUAUCACAGAAAUAAUUUGUUUUAAUAGCAGCUUCGGCAUGUUAAUUCAGCAGAAAAGAGCUUUUAUAUAUGCAACAAUAGCAUGUAAAUAUCACAGCAAUAAUUUGUUUUAAUAGCAGCUUCGGCAUGUUAAUUCAGCAGAAAGGAGCUGUUAUAUAUGCAAUAAUUGCAUGUAAAUAUCACAGAAAUAAUUUGUUUUAACAGCAGCUUCGGCAUGUUAAUUCAGUAGAAAAUAGCUGUUAUA